AUGACAGUUGUGCUGGUGAGAGCCUGGCUGACAUCCUCUCUUUACCUGUUUUCCCAGGUCGUUGCACUGUCGUCGUGGAGUCUCUUGAGAGACUCAAUCUACUAUACACUGUCUGUUGUUGCACUCAUUGUGUUUAUUUAUGAUGAAAAAGUUUCCUGGUGGGAGUCCUUAGUCUUAGUGCUGAUGUAUGUCAUCUACAUCGUUAUCAUGAAGUACAACUCAACCAUACAUCACUGCUUCGAAAGGAAGACAAAAAACUCUGCAAAUAUGGUGAACGGUUUAGCAAAUAACACUGAAAUGGACGAUAACAGCAACUGUGAUGCCACAGUGGUAUUACUAAAGAAAGGAAAUUUCCACCGUAAAGCCUCAGUGAUCAUGGUGGAUGAGCUGCUGUCUGCCUACCCACACCAGCUUUCAUUUUCUGAGGCUGGGCUCCGGAUCAUGAUAACCAGCCACUUCCCUCCCAAGACACGUCUCUCUAUGGCCAGCCGCAUGUUAAUCAAUGAGAGACAAAGGCUGAUCAACAGCAGGACUUACACCAAUGGUGAGUCAGAAGUAGCAAUCAAAAUACCUAUCAAGCACGUGGUUGAGAAUGGAACAGGCCCCAGCAACUCCGCCGAGCGGGGCGUGAACGGCACACGGCGGGACGAAGACAUGGCUGAGGCUGGGAACGAGACAGAGAAUGAGAAUGAGGAUAACGAGAACAACGAAAACGAUGAGGAAGAAGAAGAAGAUGAUGAUGAUGAUGACCAUGAAGGACCUUACACACCUUUUGACCUACCCACUGGCAAGGUAGAAAUCUUGAAGUGGCUCUUUACAUGGCCAUUGAGUUUUGUCCUGUACUUCACAGUGCCCAACUGUAACAAACCCCACUUGGAGAAAUGGUUCAUGGUUACCUUUGCUUCUUCUACCCUCUGGAUUGCAGCUUUCUCCUACAUGAUGGUGUGGAUGGUGACAAUCAUUGGCUACACACUGGGAAUUCCAGAUGUGAUCAUGGGUAUCACUUUCUUGGCAGCUGGAACCAGUGUGCCGGAUUGCAUGGCAAGCCUUAUUGUAGCAAGGCAAGGUAUGGGGGAUAUGGCCGUGUCCAACUCAAUUGGAAGCAAUGUUUUUGAUAUUUUAAUUGGCCUAGGUCUCCCAUGGGCUUUGCAGACCCUAGCAGUAAAUUAUGGAUCAUACAUUCGGUUAAACAGCAGAGGACUUAUCUAUUCUGUUGGUCUCCUGCUGGCAUCUGUUUUUGUCACAGUUUUUGGCGUCCACAUGAACAAAUGGAAACUGGAUAAGAAGCUAGGGUGUGUGUGCCUUUCCCUUUACGGCAUCUUCCUGUGUUUCUCCAUCAUGACAGAAUUCAAUGUUUUCACUUUUGUGAACUUGCCAAUGUGCAGAGAUCACUAAUGCAGGUGGCAGACUGUCAGGAGGAACUUCCUUCUUACCUGUGCAAUACAAACCACGGCUGGCAUCUUCUGAAUGCGGUGCACCUCCAAGUCGUGACAUAUAUCCUCUUCACUGUUCAUAGGACCCGUGGCCUCAUCUAGGUCUGCCCUCUCCCUGACUCCCCACAACCUGGAAAAAUCCUGCAUCGAUGUGAAGAUUAUUUUUUUCAACAUUCAUGUGAUUUCCUAGCUCAGUUUUUGAACAGUGUGACUGGGACUCUAGAUGAACUGGCUGCUAACUGGCAUCAAGCCAGGCAAAACUGGUCUGCUACAAUUCCUUCUUUUUUUAAGUUAUUUGAUGGAAGACUAA